AAGAAAUUGACUUUGUCCCUAAUCACCAAGUCAAUACUUCAUUUCUUUUUUCUUUUUUUCAUUUUAUUAGAUUAAAAACAUAAAAAUGUUAAAAUGAGAUGGACUAAGUAAUAUUUUUCAGAGCAUCUUACCUAACCGAUUUGAACGAUAUAGUUUAAUUAUCUUUUGUUGUUCAAAUCUAGCUAGCUGGUAAAAGAGAAAGAAUCAAAGGAGACCAGUUCAAACCUAUAAAUACCCUUUAAUAUGCUGUCCACUUCAUAAAUUUUCCCUUAAUCACCAUUAAUUCUUCAAUCUUCACUGACGAGAAGACAGUAUAGAAAAGAGAAGAAAAAAGAGAUGGCAGAUGAGAUGAAUCAAAAGCAAGAGGAGGAACAACCAAUUCCUUUGCUAACUCCACAUCAAAUGGGCAGGUUUCAAUUAUCUCAUAGAAUAGUUUUAGCACCUUUGACAAGAAUGAGAUCGUAUGAAAAUGUACCACAACCACAUGAUGUUUUGUAUUACUCUCAGAGAGCCACGAAUGGUGGCCUUCUCAUAGCAGAAGCCACAGGAGUUUCAGAUACAGCUCAAGGGUUUCCUCAUACGCCUGGAAUAUGGACAAAGGAACAAGUUGAGGCUUGGAAACCUAUUGUACAUGCGGUUCAUUUGAAAGGUGGUAUCUUCUUUUGCCAGAUUUGGCAUGUUGGAAGAGUUUCUAAUUAUGAAUUUCAGCCCAAUGGACAAGCUCCAAUCUCAUCUACAGAUAAGCCAAUGACACAGAACAUCCGAGAAGAUGAUGUUCCUGUUGAAUAUCCAGCACCACGCCGGAUAAAGGCGGAAGAAGUACCUCAAAUUGUUAAUGACUUUAAGCAAGCUGCUAUAAAUGCAAUGGAAGCUGGUUUUGAUGGGGUUGAGAUUCAUGCAUCAGAUGGUUUCCUGAUUGACCAGUUCCUAAAAGACACAAUAAACGAUCGUACAGACAAGUAUGGCGGUUCAUUGGAAAAUCGUUGCAGAUUUGCUCUACAAAUAGUUGAUGCAGUUUGUAAUGCAAUUGGAGCUGAUAGAGUUGGAAUAAGGCUCGCCCCAUUUACUGAUUACAAUGAAGCCGUUGAUUCGAAUCCCUUGGCCUUAGGUCUCUAUAUGGUUGAAGCUUUGAAUAAGUAUAAACUUGCUUAUUGCCACAUGAUUGAACCGAGGUUAGCUAGUGUUUUUGAGAAAAGUAAAUGUGCGCAUAGCCUUUUACCGUUGAGGAAUGCAUACGAAGGUACUUUUAUUGCUGCUGGUGGUUAUGAUAGGGAAGAAGGUAACAAAGCUGUGACUCAAAAUCGUGCUGACCUUAUUUCAUAUGGGCGUUUCUUCUUGGCGAAUCCUGACUUGCCUAAGAGAUUUGAGUUGAAUGUUCCUCUCAACAAGUACGACCGGUCAACUUUUUAUACUUCCGAUCCUGUUGUAGGCUACACUGACUAUCCAUUCCUUGAAAUAGCUUCAUGAUUUCAAGGCGACUAACACCAUAAAACAGUACAAUACAUUCUGUUACAGAAUUACUCGUCAGAAGCAUUGGUUAGGACUUAUGAUAUUAUUGAUUUUUUUCUUCCAGAUGCAAAACAAAUGGUAUGCUAAGUUUAGCUUCAUUGUAUUGUAAGAAUGCUCUUUGGUUUUUUCAAGAAAUUAGUAUUUACUAGUAAUUUAACCUUUCCACUAGAGCAUAAGAAAAAAGUGAAAUUCUGCAGCUCCAAGCAGAAAGGAUAGCUAUGAUGAAGAGGAAAAAGCAGUAAACUAAACAGAACCUUUUGUAGGCAGUCUAUAAUUUGGAUUUAUUUCCAAAAGCAUAUAUGUAAAAGAGACCAUAUAUAGGGUUCAUAAUUUUAGAAUUACUAUUCUUUAUCA